CUUUAGAAAUCUUUUUCAGCAGCUGACUUUCAUGUUCUAGUUUUAAUCUGGCUUUUCAUUCACUAUAAGAUUUUUUUUGAUUUCAAAUUCUUUUUUUUUGCUCUCAAGUCAUUUUUGAGCAUUUCUAAAAACUUCUCUGCCUAAUGAAGUAACUAGAUGUGAGUAAAGAUUUCAUUUAAAGAGAUAUAAACAUUUGAACUCGAAACCCUGUAAAAGAAUCUGCAAUGCCUCAAAAAUGUGAAACGCCUAAUUGUGGAAAGGGAGCUACACUACAAUGCCCCACGUGUUUAAAGCUUGGAAUACCGGGAUCUUAUUUCUGUUCGCAAGAAUGCUUUAAAGGGUAUUGGAAGGAGCAUAAAAUGAUACACGCAUUGGCAGAAGGUGCUGCAAAACCCAAAUUGAAUGAAGGAGAGUACAAUCCAUGGCCCAGCUACCGUUUUACCGGUCAAUUAAGGCCAUUUCCUAAAACUGGGAAAAGAAAUGUACCAGAAGGCAUAGAACGACCCGAUUAUGCUGACCAUCCAGAUGGACGGGCACUCUCGGAAGAGGCCAUGAGGAGUAAUACUUCUAUCAAGGUUUUGAACGAUGAUGAAAUAGAGGCGAUGAGAGUCGCAGGUAAAUUGGGAAGAGAGUGUUUGGAUGAAGGAGCAAAAGCAAUAGAAGUGGGCGUCACUACGGAUGAAUUAGAUCGCAUUGUGCAUGAAGCAGCUAUUGAAAGGGAUUGUUAUCCUUCGCCGUUGAAUUAUUACAAUUUUCCCAAAUCGUGUUGUACAUCCGUUAAUGAGGUAAUUUGUCACGGCAUACCUGAUUUGAGGCCACUAAAAGACGGAGACAUCUGUAAUAUAGAUGUGACAGUUUAUCAUCAUGGUUUUCAUGGGGAUCUAAACGAAACAUUUUUUGUUGGCAAUGUCUCCGACAGGCACAAACGUCUAGUUCAAGUAACAUAUGAAUCUUUAUGCAAAGCCAUCGAAUUGGUAAGACCUGGCGUAAAGUAUCGCGAAAUAGGUAAUGUUAUACAGAAGCAUAUAGCACCUCAUGGUUUCAGUGUUGUAAAAAGUUAUUGCGGACAUGGUAUUCAUAAAUUAUUUCAUACUGCUCCCAAUGUGCCUCAUUAUGCUAAAAAUUCAGCUGUAGGCGUCAUGAAAGCUGGUCACUGCUUUACUAUUGAACCGAUGAUAUCGGAGGGAGUUUCUAAAAGCGAGCAAUGGCCAGAUGAUUGGACAGCUGUGACGGCCGACGGCCUAUAUUCGGCCCAGUUCGAGCAGACUCUUUUAGUUACGGAAAACGGUUGCGACAUACUCACCAAACGCCGGGAAAACAAUGGUCAACCGUGGUUUAUGGACAAAUUGUAAAACUAUAUUUUUUUAAUGAAUUUAUUGAAUUUAAUAAAUUUGAUCAAUGUUUCUAAUUUCGUAACGCACACCCGUAAAA